CAUCCGCAGUGCUAUCGCAGCCGCACCACCGGCAACACGCUCACACAAUAAUUAUUAUUAUUAUUUAUUAAUAAUAAUUCGAACCUGAAUGAACAGACUGUUUUGUGCGAUUGUGACCCAUGGUACAGUGAUCUAGUGGGUAUAAACUUCCAGUGGAGAGUGAGGAGAUAGCCUGAAAUGUUUUUAAGAGCGCUAACUAUAGCGCUGUGGUGCGCCGGCGCAUCGGCGCUGACGCCGCUAUCGGCUGCUGGCGACGACAACGACUGCGCGCUCUACCUCACCGGGCCGGGCCGCACCUCGGCGUACGACUACAGCCUGAACCUGCUGAAGGGGAACUUUGGAUACGAAGGCCAGCACACUUGCAUCACCUACGAUGCCGUUAAUCAAGCUUAUCUUGAAGCCAGGAACAGAAUCGUUGUGUCGCAGCCCAAAGGCGACUGGAAGCCCGAGGACUUCGCCAGCGUAGGAGAGCUUAUGCUCGACAUCUCCAUCAACUUGGCGAGGACGUACGGCCUUACAUACGAGGAGAUCGAAAAGGGCCUGCCUCUCAUCGACACCUCACGCACGCUGAUCCGGGAGGUGUGCCCUCCAGUGUUCUCCCACGUGGAGUGCCGAGCUGGCAAGUACAGGCGUCUGGAUGGACUCUGCAACAACCUGCAACAUCCUACAUGGGGUGCUACUAACGCGCCUUUCCAGAGGUUGAUCGGACCGCUCUUCGCUGAUGGCAUCAACGCGCCCCGUAUCUCGCACACCGGCCGCGACCUCCCUCUGUCCCGUGUGGUGUCCCGUACCAUGCAUCCCGACGAGGGCUUCCACGACCACGCCGGGACAGUCAUGGUCAUCGCCUGGGGACAGUUCAUGGACCACGACUACACACUCACUGGCACCCCUCUUGACCCGGUGAACCGUAACGACCCUGAGGAGUGCUGCAAGCGGCCGCUACACCUCAAGCACCCGUAUUGCAAUGAGAUCAGAGUGCCUGAAGACGAUUACUUCUACCGCCUGUUUGGAGUGAAGUGCAUUGACUUCGUGAGAGGGUUCCCUUCACCUCGUCCUGGCUGCCGUCUGGGAUCGAGAGUUCCGUUCAAUACGUUGACUGGAGCUAUAGACGGAAACACUGUCUACGGUGUCACUGACAAGUUUGCAAGGAAGCUGCGUACUGGUUACGGAGGUCUGCUCCGCAUGAACCCAGUUUUCAAGGAAUACGGGCUUCGGGACCUUCUGCCUUUGAAGCUUGACAUCCCUGAUGAGGGCUGCACUAGACCCAACAAGAAUAUGUACUGCUUCGAAGCGGGAGAGAUUCGAGUGAACGAGCAACUGGUUCUGACUGUGAUGCACACAUUGAUGGCGAGAGAGCACAACCGAGUGGCCAAGGCUUUGGCUGAGGUCAACCCUCACUGGGACGAUGAGACCCUGUACCAGGAAGCCAGACGCAUCAAUAUUGCCGAAAUCCAGCAUAUCACUUACAACGAAUUCUUGCCCAUUCUGCUCGGAAAAGAUGUCAUGGAGAAAUUCGGACUGGUUCUUGAGAAAGAAGGUUACUGGAAUGGAUACGAUCCUGAAGUGAACCCUGACGUCAUAGCGUCCUUCGCUGCUGCUGCCUACCGAUUCGGUCACUCGUUGCUACCUACCGCGGUUGAAAGGUGGUCCAAGGCACACAAGUUCAUCGCGUCUAAGAGGUUGUCAGACCUCAUCAGAAGGCCAUACGAUUUAUACCGAGCUGGAGUUUUGGACGAGUAUGUCAUGGGUCUGAUGAACCAAGUAGCUCAAGCUAUGGACGACUCCAUCACCCAGGAAGUAACCAACCACCUUUUCAAGAAGGUUGGAGCAAGAUUCGGAAUGGACUUGGUAUCUUUCAACAUGCAGAGAGGCCGUGAAUUCGGUCUGCCAGGCUACAUGGAGUUCAGAAAGUUCUGCGGCCUUCCUGGAGCCGAAAGCUUCCAGGAUCUCUUCGGGACCAUGUCCAACGAAACAGUGCGCAAAUACGAGUCGAUAUUCGAGCACCCAAUUGAUGUAGACUUGUGGUCUGGUGGUGUUUCUGAACGGCCACUCCCUGGGUCGAUGUUGGGGCCCACAUUCGCUUGCAUCAUCGCUACACAGUUCUCUUACUCGAGACGAGGAGACAGAUUCUGGUAUGAACUCCCCAACCAACCCUCAACGUUCACGCCAGAACAGCUGACUGAGAUCAGGAAGGCGCGGCUCGCUCGCGUCAUUUGCGACAACACAGACAUCAUCGACACCGUCCAACUGUACCCGAUGGUGCUGCCUGACCAUGAGCUAAACCCUCGCGUACCGUGCCGGAGCGGUAUCAUACCCGCAAUGGAUUUCACGAAGUGGGCGGAACCCGCGCCCUUCCAAGGGGCUGCCAAGCAGUUCGUGAGUAGCUUCACUUACGACCCAUAUAUCGGCAAAAAGUAGUACACGCACCUAUGUAGUUCGUAGAGCCCACUUGUUAGACACGUUGUUGAUUGAUAUUCAAGCUAAAUAGCCCCAAUUUGUAGUCAGAAGAAAAAACGCUGGUUUAGUGUUUCAUCCCACAA